AUGAUUGCCACGAACUUACGACCAAAUGAGGUAGUCUUGGGUGGAUUGCUAAAUUGUGCGGCAGAACGACUUGAUUGGCGGAGAGCCGACAUACUUUGGAAGCUCCUAGUGAUUGAGCGGCAUGUCCCUCCACAUUUCUUGGCAUACAUGGCUUAUGCAAAAGCCCACUUUUUGGCCGGUCGCCCAAGAGCUGCUCUGUCAAUCAUGGAUUCCCUCCUUGCCACCAAGUGUGCUUUGGGCUACAAGUUUGCAGUCGACUACCUUCAGUGUUGCUUACUCGUACUCCACGCAUCACCUUCUAGAGAGAACAGACAACGAUUGUCAAGGAUCUUGAAGAUUGGCCCAGCACUCAUGGAGUCAUCAUCUGCUUCAGGGAGACUGUACUGGAAUCGACUUGUGGACGUUGCGGAAAGGAUGCGGUCUACUGGUCAAAAUCCUUCUUUGCGAUUUGCUGAGCUGAUUGUGUCAUACUUGGCGCAGCAAAGUGUCAUGAAGGACUGGACACACUUGAAAGAAGAAUCAUAG